AUGGCAACGGAAAUGGCAACGGAAAUGGAAACGGAAAUGGCAACGGAAAUGGCAACGGAAAUGGGCAUGGGCAACGGAAAUGGGAACGGAAAUGGGAAUGGAAAUGGCAACGGAAACGGAAACGGAAAUGGAAAUGGGAAUGGAAAAGGGGGUGGGGAUUAUAGGGAACGCUGA